AAGAAAGAGUUAGAGUUUGCACUAUCAAACAGAUGAAUUAGAAGUCAUUGUUUCCUGAUAUUGGUAGUUAAAACGACGAGAUCGAGAGUCCAGAGUCCUAGUCCCCUGCUGACGAGUCUAUUGGAAGCAGUAAAUAUCCGUAUUGCUCAUUACGGAUGAGGAGAGCGACAGCACACGUUGAAACUGAUAGGCCUCAUCCUCUACUUCUGUCGCUAUUUCAAUCAUUAUUUCAUCCGACUCUAGUACUUUUGAAUCCGAACAAGAUCCAUCAAUCAUGGCCGCAACGAGCAACGUGAUCGGGUUAAUUCUCCCCGGUCAGCCGGUGCAAGUGAACGGGCAGAUAAUGAGCGACAACGAGAUUAUGUUCCAGCUUCCAGUGCCGCACUCCCAGCUGCAGCAUUUGGUUCUCUUUCUCACCGGCGCGCAAGCGUUGCCGGAGAACCAUGGCGCGUCUGUCUACCUCAUGUUGUCCGACAACGGCUUCAAGUUCCUCGGGCAUUUGGCCAAUGACAAACCCUCCGCGAUCUUCCGCGUUUCCUCGUCCGCCAGUACGAAGAGCAGUGCGUCGAACUCGCCGCCCGCACAGCCAGCCAUGUUGUCGGCAGCUCCUACAGAAACGGCGAUCGUCGCGGUCACACCCGAGCCGCAGUUUACGAGGAUAGGGGUGCUCGUCGAGCCGCUGUCCGCAAUACAGCAGAAAAUCGUGCCCAAAGAGCAGCAGGUGCAGCAGCAGCAGACGGACUACCUCACAUUCGUGAAGGCGCUCGCGCAGAACUGCUAUGACCACAUGAGCGGGUGGAUCCUCACCGAGGAGCAGUGGCGAACGCGGGGGCAUAUGGAUUGCAAAAAUGUCUGGGUCUGGAAGAUUGUCAGACUUGUCAUGCAGCUUUUCCAUGACCCAUGGCAUGAGGUCUGGAAUGCAGGACCUAGCAUGACAGAUUCUGUGCGAUCUCUCUCAUGCCUAUCCUGCAUGAGAAACUCCCUCCCGACGUGGUCAAAACUGGACGACUUUUGGUAAUCAUGCAACACCGAUUUUUGCAUGCUUCAGAUUUAGCAUGACAAGUUGCAUUCUUCCAGACCCAGACAUUUUCGCAUUUGAUAGGGCAGGCGUUGGUGCAAGAGAAACUCGUCCCGAUCGGGGCACUGGAGCAGUGGUUCGACUCCUUUCGAAGAAAAUUAACGCAAAACCCAAACUUCUGGAAGAAAUCCAUCGAUUCUUGACGAGACAGAAUAAACUUAAACGUCUUGAAGUUGUUUCUGUUUGUGUCUACUAGCGCAAUAAUAAGAAAAAGUAAAAUCAUUUACGAACGACUACGACCACAGCAUUGAUUGAUGUUCCCUUAGCAGUGUUACAGAAACCGCAGUUGUGAGAAAGAACAAAGGGCCAUGCACCAUUUCACAUGAGAAUUUUAACCCGCGCGGGGUGAAUACGCGUCGACACUUUAUUGUUGGUCA